UCACAUCUUGAAGGAUUGAUCAUCUUACUAAAUUCCCUAGUGGGGUAAUUAAAAAAAUUGAAUCUUGAAAUUUUCUGUAUUCAUUUGAUUGAUUUGGUGUGUGUUUUGGGUUUUUCAUAUUAUGCCCAACAAGUGUUUGUUGUAAGUUGUAGCUGAAGAAAUUUGUAAAAAAUGGAAGAAGGUGAAACAGGGUUGUUGUUGCAGAGUAACAAAGAAAUGGUUUCUUCAGGUUUUUCAACAAAUGAAAGUUCUGAAGAAAUCAAGAAGAUUAAAUCAGCUCUGACAUGGGUUUUUCUUGAUCAAUCAAAUCUAUGGAGGGCUGGUCUUUCUUGGUCAUUUUUUUCCAUUCUUACAAUUGGGGUUCCAUUAGUAUCUCACUUUAUGUUUGCUUGUUUAACCUGUGAUACUAUGCAUCAGAGACCUUUUGAUGCUCUUGUUCAAGUUUCUUUAUCACUUUUUGCAACUUUAUCAUUUGUUAGUCUUUCUAGCUUUGCUCGAAAAUACGGGAUACGGAAGUUUCUGUUUCUUGAUAAAUUGUAUGAAGAUAGUGAAAAGGUGCAACAAGGAUACACUGAACAGCUACAUAGGUCGAUGAAGAUCCUCUCAUCUUUUGUCCUCCCUUCUUUUAUUGUUGAGAGUAUUUACAAGAUAUGGUGGUUUUCCUCCGGGGGAACACAAAUUCCUUACCUGUACAAUGCUGCUUUGAGCAAUAUCUUCGUAUGCAUACUGUUAAUAAGCUCCUGGCUUUACCGGAUAUCAAUUUCCUUCCUUGUAUGUGUCCUAUUCCGGUUAAUAUGCUCCCUGCAGAUCCUUAGACUGGAAGAGUUUGCUCAAGUUUUCGAGAAAGAAACUGAUGUCUCAUCGAUCAUGAUGGAACAUCUUCGAAUCAGAAGAAAUCUUCGUGUCAUUAGUCAUCGGUUCAGAGUUUUCAUUUUGUCAACUCUCAUACUAGUUACCAUAAGCCAGUUUCUUGCGCUGCUUCUUACUACUGAGCCUAGCUCCACAGUGAACAUCUUUACAGCAGGUGAACUUGCGUUGAGCUCAAUUACUCUGGUAACUGGACUUUUCAUGUGCUUACGUAGUGCAGCAAAGAUCACACACAAAGCACAAGCUGUUACAUCACUUGCUGCCAAAUGGCAUGCUUGUGCAACAAUCAGCAGCUUAGAUGACAUGACUGAGGAAACUCCCAUGGCUCGGUCCGUGGCACCUCAGGUGGUAUACCCUAUCAAUUCCAGUUGGGACACAGACGAGGAAGGAGACGGAGACGAUGUGUUGGACAACACAAAUAUGGUACCUAUUCAUGCCAGUACAAUAUCCUACCAAAAGAGACAAGCACUAGUAACAUACUUUGAGCAUAACAAAGCUGGAAUCACCGUGUAUGGUUUCAUGUUAGAUCGGACAUGGCUUCAUACAAUUUUCGCGAUUCAGCUGUCUCUUACACUCUGGAUACUCAAUAAAACAAUUGGUAUUUCGUAAAUCCCAGUCAACGACAAGGUUUUUACUGUGUGUUGGUAGUUGUACAGAAAUCUGUGCUAUCGAUACGUAGAGAAACUACUAUAUACAGUAUAUAUGUAUAUCCUAAAUGUCAAAAUUUUGCUGAUUUUCUUCCUACUUAUUGUAAUUUCACUGUUGAGUGUUGAUAAUGGUGUCUUUCCUGGAUUGUCAAGUUUACUAUCUGUUUGUAUCAAUUUUAUAAAAUGAAGUGAAAUUUUGUUAAGAGUAA